AUGGGGAGAUUAAUAGCACAAGCUCUGGCUGUUCUGGUUUCCCUAGCUCAUUUGAACGUCGCCCUGACCGUCCAACCAGAAGCAGCAGCCAGUGUCUCGGUCGUGACUUGGACAUCUACCUAUGCCGACACAGUCACCAGCACUAUCACCAGCACCUCAGCCCUAACCACCACAGCUACCACUUGUGCUGCUAAAACGUAUGCCGAUCCAUUUUGUACCUCUGACGGUGCUUGGUCGCUCGCUGGCAACUGGUUCCAACAAUGGUGUUCGGGUGUAUCUUUAGAGGGCGGCACGACCAUCAGCUCAGCAAAUUACGCAUCUUUAUAUGCAUGCGAGUUGUUAUGCUACCAAUCUCAAACUGUUUGUAAUGGAGUCAACUACAACACGGCGAACCAUGCUUGCUACCUUCUUACUGGCUCGCUUACUGCUACUUCUGCUGCCUCUUACAGAGCCGCUAUGCGCUUCACUACUAACCCUUGCACGGUUACGGAGACUUCUAUCUCUACGGGGGUUUCCACUGAAACAUCAACCGUCCUGUCUGUUGCGACAUACACAUCGAUCAUCACUAUCCUGGAUACAUCAUUCACUCAGACCAGCUCUGCAUCAACCGUGCCAUCGGCAACAUUCCCCGUCUCAGUAUCCAAUUCUGCCCCCGCAAUGUCAGGCACUCGGGCCAUCUCGUUGGGAACCACUACUCCCUCGUCGACAUCCACCUCAACACUAGAGAUACCAUCCUCCUCGGUAUCGGUAUCUGCAUCUGUCGCUGACUCCUCAUCUUCUAUAACCACGGGAAAGCCAUCCAUGCUGAACCAGCCAUCCGCUGCCGCAAAUUCCUCCAGCGCUAUUCGGCCCAGCAGCUCACAUUCUCCUUCAUCUGGCAACGGCUUUACAUACACUCCGAGUUCAAUGCCUGCAGUGUCCACAACAUCUCGUUCCAUUGUUGCAUCAAGCUCGGCUUCAUCGCUCCUACAUUCAAGCUCUUCGGUCCCCAUUCAACCAUCAAGCCAAUAUACAGUAUCCUCCUCAUCUACCCACACAUUGCCGAGCCCGAAGUCAUCCGAGAUUUCUCAGUCAUCGACAUCAGUAUCAUAUAAGCCUUCAUCUCCGAAAAAUAGCAUCAUCCCUACCAUCUCGCAAUCCGCCAUAAAUACCAACAGGAGCAACCUGUCUGAUUCUUCUCCUGCAUCUGCAGGACUACCUACAACCUCCACGCUCCUUACCACCCAAAUCCGCACUGUGACUUCCUGUCCAGGCUCAGUGACCGACUGUCCUGCUAGGGGUAAGACGACCUUCCUUACUACCGAGAUCAUCACCGUGGGCACUACAAUCUGUCAUGUGACUGCUGCCAUGGCCUCUCCGACGAGUUUGCAGCCUGCACACGAUGUCCAUACCGAAACUUUGACGGUGUAUGUUACGAAUAUUGUAACUAUCAGUUCUUGUGGGUUUGGUGACUACUGA